AGCUAAAUCUCGACCUUGCCCUCCCACACUAUUUCUUGCUGCUGUGAUCCUCUUUCUCUCUUCAUCUUCUCUCCCGUCUCAUCCUCGCCCAGUUAUCCCACACAUACACAUAGCUCGUGCUGCCUCUCAUACCACUCACAAUGUCUGGCUCCCCCAUUAACGAGAACGCUGUCUUCGUGCACGACAACACCGUGCCUCCAGUGCACAACAGCUUGUUAGCUCUUUUCUCCCUCAAGGGAAAGACUGCCAUCGUCACCGGUGCCGGUGCUGGUAUCGGUCUCAAUGUCGCCCAAGGUCUUGCCGAGGCCGGCGCCAAUGUCGCUUUGUUCUAUAACACAAACGACAAGGCCCCGGAACGUGCUGCUGAAAUCGAAAAGAAGUUUGGCGUGAAGGCCAAGGCAUACCAAGCCGAUCUCCGCGACCAGAAGAAGGCCGAGGCCACCAUCAACCAGGCUGUCAGUGACUUCGGCGGCCGUCUGGACAUCUUCAUUGCCAACGCCGGUAUCCCAUGGACCCAAGGCGCCAGUGUCGAUGGCCCUAUCCAACACUACCUCGAUGUUGUCCAGACUGACCUGGACGCUACCUGGUACUGUGCUCGUGCUGCUGCUGCCCACUGGCGCCGACAGAAGGACGAAGGCACUGACCUGUCUGGCAACAAGCUUGAGAACUUCACCUAUGGCAGCUUCGUCGCUACUGCCUCCAUGAGCGGUCACAUUGUCAACAUUCCUCAGCUUCAAGCCCCUUACAAUGCCGCCAAGGCUGGUGUUGUCCACCUGGUCAAGUCUCUUGCCGUUGAAUGGGCCAAGUACGCCCGCGCCAACACCAUUUCUCCUGGAUACAUCGCCACGGAGAUCUCCAACUUCAUUCCUCAAGAGACACACGAUCUCUGGAAGAGCAAGAUUCCCCUAGGCCGUGAGGGCCAGCCCCAGGAGCUCAAGGGUGCUUUCUUGUAUCUGGCCAGCGAUGCUUCCAGCUACACCACGGGAGCCGACCUCCUUGUUGACGGUGGCUACACCGCUCCUUAAACGGUUCUACCUGCCGACAGAAUGUUUGCGAUAUGACAUGACGAUAUAUAUAUUGAUUGAUGGGUUGAUACGACUUUUGAGAAGCAUGUGACUGCGACACCGAUUUCGCGGGUUUAA